AUGUCCUUUUACGACGAGCAUGGAGGCGACUCCUACCCGGGGAAGUUCAAUAAGAAUCAUGACGGUGGCCCUGUAGGACCCCGGCGACCGAGACUCGUCACGGACUACGGCUCAUCAAUGGUACAAUGGAUGCGGACGCGCAGACCUCGAUAUCAGGGCGGACAUCGCAUGGAGGUGGAGCGCCCAAGUGCAAGCUUUGCAGUCGAUAUGGUCCCUCCCAUCGGUCGAAAAUACUCUCCAGCAGACACAAUACCCGUACGCCACCUGCACCAGUCGAUCGGAAAAUCGAAGAAGCCAAUCGUCGUGGUGCGAUGGACCCCGGAAGGAAGACGACUGUUGACCGGGGGCCACACCGGCGAGUUCAUGCUAUGGAACGGCACGGCGUUCAAUUUUGAGACAGUUAUGGAUGCACACUAUGAUCAAAUCCAAGCAGGUGUGACGUCUCUGGCCUGGUGCCAUAGCCAUGACUGGCUUAUCUCUGGUGGACAAAGGGGUGAUAUCAAGUAUUGGCGCCCAAACUUCAACAACGUCGAAACAAUCGAUGAUGCCCACCAUGAUGCGGUCCGAGAUCUCGCCUGGGCACCCAGCGAUACCAAGUUCCUGUCUGCCUCCGAUGAUACGACCCUGAAGAUUUUUGACUUCACCUCUCGAACCUGCGACACGGUUCUAACGGGACACAAUUGGGAUGUGAAGUCUUGCGACUGGCAUCCAACCAAGGGAUUAUUGGUGUCUGGCUCUAAAGAUCAUCAAGUCAAGUUUUGGGAUCCACGAACCGCUCGAUGCUUGACUACGCUACAUACUCACAAGAACACAGUCACCGCCACGCGAUUCUCGCGAGUCAACAACAACCUUCUCGCAACUUCAUCUCGAGACCAGACGGCAAGGGUCUUUGAUUUACGCAUGAUGCGCGAUAUUUGCAUUCUACGUGGACAUGAAAAGCCUGUUUCUUCUUUGACAUGGCAUCCAAUUCACAGCAACCUGAUUUCCACUGGAGCAGAGGAUGGUUCAUUAUACCACUACUUACUAGAUGAGCCCAACCUGCCCAGUGGUGUUGUCCCCACGGUGGCACCGUACGACAGUCCCGAUCCUGCCAAUACGCCUCCACAAGUGAUCUAUCCAGCGCACCGCGUCCAAUACGCGCAUGGAGCCACGAUUUGGUCCCUCGACUGGCAUCCUCUGGGACACAUUCUGGCUUCCGGAUCAAAAGAUAAUUUCACUCGAUUCUGGUCGCGGGCACGACCCGGCGAGACUAGCUACAUGAAAGAUCGAUUCCAUAUUGGGGAAGAGGCUGCAGAAGCGCAGGGUACAUGGAACAGAGGCUUCAGCCGCAGACAAGCACGGGAGGAAGAGGAACAGGACUUACAAGACGAAGCCGACACUCUGGCCGAUCAAAGAAGAGCCCCAGGGCCGCCUGCUCUACCAGGAAUUCAGACCGUCUCUGCUGUGGGCCAAGAUGGCGCUGGUUUCCUUCCUGGCAUUGGCGGCGCUCAGCCCCCACCACCAGGUACCAUGGGUGGCAUGGACCCAGGCCGCCUUGCAGCUAUUAUGUCUUCGCAAGCACCAGCACCUGUUUCGCCUGCUCAGCCUGGCCCGCCAAAUGCUAUGCCUGCGUUCCCCAUGCUUCCGGGAAUGGGGGCGCCUCCUCCGCAAAUGAAUAUGGACAUGGCGCAGCUGCAGAAACAGCUCGCCGCGCAGGGUAUUCAAAUGCCCCCAAAUUUCAAUCUCCAGAACUUUACAGCUGCUAUGGGCAGCCUACCCGGUCUGCAGGGGGGGUAA